CGUAGGCUUUAAAUACGUCAAGUUUGUCUCAGCUACAUACGCGGGUGGAGUGAUCUCGAGUUGGGCGUAGGUUGACAAAGAUUAUGCCAUGUAACUUGUUCUUAUAGUAUUUGUAAUAUGAAGAUCAAACGCUAUGCAGUGUUCGUGACUACAAAUCAGCCCAUGUCCUUAUGGACAAUUCUAUUAAUUUGGUUUUGCCUAUUGCAACCAACUUAUUUAAAAACAGAUGUGCGUGAGCCAAUAGAACAACAACAACAACAACAACAACAACAACAACAUCAACAACAACAAACACAACAUCAGCGAACACAUCAUCAUCAGAGAAGUGAGGCGACGACAUCACUGCAUGCCUCCGCAAAUUAUAUCACAUUAAAUAAGUACAAAUUCCGACACAAAUUAUACAAUGCCACAAUACCCGAGAAUAGUGUGGGCAAAACAUAUGCGAUACCAUUGGCGCAUGAAGACAUUAUGGGUAUUGCCAUUAUACCGGGUGCUGAGGUUAAAUAUCGCAUCGUAGCAGGAGAUCGUGAUAAGCUAUUUAAAGCUGAGGAGCGUUUAGUCGAUGACAUUGCAUUUUUAGCGAUACGCACAAGAACAAGCAAUGUUGUGCUAAAUCGAGAGAAGAAUGAGGAAUAUUUGUUAAAAGUACGAGCAAUGAUCAAAUAUAAUCUGGGUGAUGAUUAUAUGGGUGAUGAGACGGAAACAACUGUACAUAUACGUGUGUUGGAUCGUAACGAUUUAAGUCCGCUCUUCUAUCCAAUUGAAUAUUCACAAAUCGUACCGGAAGAUAUGCCAAUACAUAGGAGUAUCUUACGUGUUACAGCCGAAGAUGCUGAUUUGGGUAUUAAUGGUGAAAUAUACUAUAGUUUUCUUAUCGACAAUGAAUACUUUUCGAUACAUCCCACGACUGGAGUAAUAAUAUUAAAUAGGCAGCUAAGAUAUACAGAUAGUUCACAUUAUAAUUUAACAGUGCUCGCGAACGAUCGCGGCUCUGCCAUUAAUCAUUAUAGCCAUCAAUCGAGUAAGGCGAAGGUCUCCAUAACAGUAGAACAAGUUAAUUUACACACUCCAGAAAUAUAUUUUAAGACUUUUUCAAGUAUAACCUCGAAUUUUAGUUCGAAUAUUUAUGGCAUAGUUAAGGUCAGUGACAACGAUACCGGCAAACAUGGUGAAAUAAAUAAAUUACAAAUCGUUGAUGGUGAUCCUGAUGGAAAUUUCAUUAUAACACCCACACAUAAUGUCGGUGAAUAUUUUAUUGAAAUAAAUAAAUUUGCGAAACUAAACGAUUCGAUAAAAUAUAACCUAACAUUACGUGCCGAGGAUAAAGGUGUGCCCAUGCGGCAUUGCUACAAAACCAUUCCAGUUCACUUCAUUAAGGAACGUAACAACGCACCAGUAUUCACCAAGCAUUUAUAUGAAAUCUCAAUACCCGAAACAUCACCACCCAAUAUGCCAGUUAUUAGACUGAAAGUAACCGAUCCCGAUUUGGGUAAGAAUGCGAUGGUCUAUUUAGAAAUCGUUGGUGGCAAUGAGGGUGGUGAAUUUAGAAUAAAUCCUGAUUCCGGCAUGUUGUACACACAAAAACCACUCGACGCCGAAAGUAAAUCUUUCUACACACUCACUGUCUCCGCAAUCGAUCAGGCUAAUCUUGGCUUCCGUAAGCAAUCAUCGGCAAAGGUGAAAGUUAACAUACAGGAUAUGAAUGAUAAUGAUCCGUUAUUCGAGUCGAUGAACACCACUAUUGAAUUGGAUGAGAAUGAAAUGGCCGGCACUUUUGUGGUGAAAUUGACGGCGCGUGAUAAGGACAGUGGCGAGAAUGCAUACAUAUCAUAUAGUAUAGCUAAUCUAAACGAGGUACCCUUUGAAAUAGAUCAUUUUACGGGGGAACUCAGAACAACUACUUUAAUCGAUUACGAAACCAUGCGACGUACAUACGUGCUCAGCAUACGCGCCUCCGAUUGGGGUUUACCGUAUCGCCGACAAACAGAGUUAGAGCUUUUAAUCAAAAUUAAAGAUAUCAACGAUAAUCGACCACAAUUUGAACGUAUCAAUUGUGUGGGCAAAGUCAUGCGAAGUAUACCCGUCGGUACGGAAAUAUUUACACUUUCAGCUAUCGAUUUCGAUGCUGGUGAUUUCAUAGCCUAUCGACUUAUAGCUGGUAAUGAAGAUGGUUGCUUUAAUUUAGACCCCACUACAGGUGUACUGUCGAUAGGUUGUGAUUUAACUGAAGUUCCAGCUACAAUCCGCUACGUCAAUGUGUCUUCUACGGAUGGCACACAUUUCUCAGACGAAAUGAAUAUGGCUAUAGAAAUUGUGGGUGAUGAGAGAAGUGUAUUCAUGGAUCAUAUCGAUAUGUUUAACGGCUAUGGUAGUUUUGAGUGUCGUGAAACGGGUGUUUCUCGGCGGCUAGCAGAGAACUUGGCCGCAGCGGAACGUAAUAAUGCCAAUGUACAUGAGAAAACCUUCAUAAAUGAUUUGGGUUUAACGCCAAGUCGCUAUGGUGAGAAUAUACAUGCGCCGGAAUUUAUAGACUUCCCACGAGAAUUACGACUGAAUGAGAGUAUUGAAUUGGGUGAGACUGUUAUGUGGAUAAAAGCCAGAGACCGUGAUUUGGGUUAUAAUGGCAAAUUAGUGUAUGCUAUUUCGGAUGGCGAUAACGAUUCGGUUUUUCGCAUUGAUCCCGACAGUGGUGAAUUGCAAAUAAUUGGCUAUCUCGAUCGGGAGCGUCAAGAUGAAUACGUAUUGAAUGUUACCGUUUACGAUCUGGGUCAACCACAAAAGUCGCAAUCGAAAUUGUUACCCGUUUUCAUACUCGAUAGCAAUGAUAAUCGUCCAGUUUUCCAAAAAUCACUAGCAACUUUUCAACUGCCAGAGAAUGCUUUCAAUGGCACAUUGAUAUUUUGCUUAAAUGCGUCUGAUGCUGAUAUAGAGGAUAAUGCUAAAAUCAUCUACUUAAUGCAAACGGAUACCAGAGACUUUUUCGUCAAUAUCACUACUGGCUGCAUAUAUUUGGGUAAUGCCUUAGAUCGAGAAAAGCUGGAUAAAUACGAAUUGCAUAUUAUUGCCAAGGAUAACGGUGAACCAGCGCUUACAGCUGAGGCUGUGAUAAACAUCUUGGUUGAGGACAUCAAUGACAAUGCGCCCAUAUUCGGGGUACAGGAAUUCAUAUUCAAGGUGCGUGAGGAUAUACCGCGUGGCACUGUGGUGGCAUCAAUCGAAGCCACUGAUAUUGAUAUUGGGCCAAAUGGUGAAAUAUUUUUCUCCAUAAAAGAAGAGCUGGCUACUGAAGAACUAUUCAAAAUUGACAAGCACACGGGCGUUAUAAGAACUUUGGGUUAUUUGGACUACGAGAAGCGACAAGUACAUAAUUUGAUAGUUAGCGCUAUCGAUCGUGGCUCGCCGUCGUUAACGACAGACAUGCCGGUUGUGAUCGAAGUCAUCGAUGUGAAUGAAAAUCGCUUUGCGCCAGAGUUCGGGGACUUCGUUUAUGUGGGUAAAGUGCAGGAGAAUUUACCUACACGAAGUUUUGUUAUGAAUUUGACUGCGCGAGAUGCCGACACAAACGGACCGGAUUCGAAGAUUUCCUAUAGUAUACGAGGCGGGGAUGGUCUGGGUGUGUUUGCCGUGAAUGAUGAAGGUGUUAUACGUACUCUAUCCCAUUUGGAUGCUGAAACGAAAUCCAGUUAUUGGCUAACGCUUUGCGCACAGGAUCAUGCCAUCAUACCGUUAAGCAGUUGUGUACAGGUUAACAUACAAGUGGAAGAUGAAAAUGACAACGUGCCUUUAACCGAUAAACCCGUCUAUUAUGUCUCUGUCAUGGAAGGUAGUCCAGAAAAUACGCCCGUUAUACAAUUAAAUGCAUUCGACAACGAUAAAAAUCCUGCACAGUUCUUUACCUAUCGGAUAAUUUCGGGAAAUCCGGAGGGAUUCUUUGAACUUAACUCAACCACAGGUGAUUUGAUAACGACAGAACGGAAAUUGGAUCGUGAAAACCAAGCAGAGCAUAUUUUAGAGAUUUCCAUUUCUGAUAACGGUAUCCCAGCACUAACUUCAACAACGCGUGUCGUUGUUUCAGUGGAGGAUAUAAACGAUCAUAGCCCGGAAUUCGACCAACGAUUCUAUAAAAUUCAAGUGCCAUCGACGGUGGAUAUAAACGAAACAGUUUUCCAGGCUCGUGCUAUGGACAAUGACAUUGGCGAGAAUGGUCGCAUCACUUAUUACAUCAAAUCUGGUAAAGGCAAAAAUCGUUUUCGCAUGGAUCCCGAUACGGGUUUCAUUUACCUGAUGAAGCCAUUGGAAAUCGAUGCUGAAUAUGAUUUAAAUAUACGUGCUGAAGAUAAUGGAAACCCAAAACGUAGUCAAAAUGCCAAGUUGAAUAUAGUUGUCAUUCCGAUUUCGACGAACUCGCCGCAUGCACCCGUAAUAAAAGCUGACGACAGUCGCAUUGAUGUGACGGAAAGCGAUCGGCCAGGUUUUUUGGUAGCACUAGUACAGGCGACAGAUGAGGACAACGAUCAUCUGUGGUAUAACUUAACGGGUGGCAACGAACGCAACGAAUUCUACAUCGGCAAAGAUAACGGUCACAUUUUAUUAUCGAAAAGUUUAGAUCGUGAAACCCAGGCGUCGUAUAAUUUAACUGUCAGCGUUACCGAUGGUACGCAUAUCGUUAAUACAAAUCUCUACAUACAUGUUGUUGACAUCAACGACAACCGACCGCAAUUCACACAAGAUAUAUACUACGUAAAUAUAUCGGAGAAUAUCGAAGAGGAAGCCAUAAUUAUGCAAUUGCAUGCAACUGAUAAGGACGAGGACAAUAAAAUAUUCUACACGCUACAUGCAGCACAAGACCCAACAUCGCUUUCACUAUUUCGUGUAGAUUCCAUUAGCGGUAAUGUGUUGGUGAUCAAACGUUUGGAUUAUGAGAAGAGCAGACAUCAUACAUUAAUAGUGAUUGCCAAAGAUCAAGGCACGCCCGCGAAACGGAAUUAUGCUAAAAUCGUUAUAACGGUACACGAUCAUAAUGACCAUCAUCCGGAAUUCAUGAGUAAAAUCGUGCAGAGCAAAGUGCCCGAGAGUGCAGCGAUUGGUUCGAAAAUAGCCGAGUUAACGGCCUUAGAUUUGGAUAGUGGAAAGAAUGCUGAGAUCAAAUACUCCAUAAUAACUGGCAACAUUGGCAACACUUUCGAAAUCGAACCAACAAUGGGCACUGUAGCAUUGGUGAAAAGUUUAAAUAUCAACAAAAUGCAGGAGUAUAUGCUGCAAGUAAAGGCCACAGAUCUCGGUGAACCGCCGCUCUCCUCACAGAUGCCGCUGCACAUUAUCGUUACAAUGUCAGAAAAUGAUCCACCCAUAUUUAUGGCGCCACUAAAUGUGAUUGAAAUUUAUGAAAAUAUUCCCAUCGGUACAUUCGUUUGCCAAGUUGAGGCGCGUUCUUCGUCAUCUGUGUUCUAUGAGGUGGCGAAUGGCGAUGAAGGCAACCGCUUCCGUAUCAAUCCCUCGACUGGUGUGAUAACUGCAAAUGACAUCAUUGAUUAUGAGAAAAAUAAAUCGUUUAAUCUGACCGUUCUUGCAACAAAUAUGGCAUCAGCUACUUCCACGCACAAUGUUAUCAUACACAUUUUGGAUGUCAACGAUAAUGAGCCCUUCUUUGAAAAAACUUCCUAUAAUGGAAGUAUAUCGGAGAUUGCGAAAAUUGGUUCUUUUGUUUUUCAAAAAAGUGAUCCACAAAAUAGACCGUUACUUGUCGCCGUUAAGGAUGCGGAUGAGGGCGUUAACAGUAUGAUUGAAUUUACGAUUUUAAAUAAUCAAGCUAAAGAAUAUUUCGAGAUUGAUUCUUCUACGGGCGCUGUCAAAUUGCUGAAGCAGGUGGAUUAUGAGAAAAAUAAAUAUUUUCGUUUUGACGUUAUGAUUAACGAUUUGGGCUCGCCAAAACUAUAUGACAAAUAUCAUGCAACUAUACAUAUCGAUAUUGAAAAUAUCAACGAUUGCCCGCCGGUGUUCAUCAAAAACUACAUGAAUGUCACACUAUACCAACCCACAUUCGAAAACAUCAUAAUCGCCGAAGUGAAUGCAACCGAUGCCGAUUUGGAUGAGAAUACGAAAAUACGUUAUGACAUCAUAGAUGGAAAUGUGGAUGACUGUUUCGAGAUCGAUGCAACGACUGGGAUUGUAACCACCAGACAUAUAACGCACCUGGAUACAUUUUACACACUACACAUCAGAGCUUCCGAUGGCCUUUAUUCGGCAAUUGCACAAAUUGAUAUCAACAUAGAGACCUUGACCACACCUGGUUUUGUUUUCCAAAAACCCUUAUAUACAUUCUCAACAAUCGAAAAUUCUUCCAAAAUCGUCACUGUGGGCCUAGUAAAUGUUGUGGGUAAUCUUUUGCAUGAAAAUGUUGAAUUCACAAUUUUAAGUCCAACAAAGAUGUUUGUCAUCGGUAAAACUUCUGGUGCCAUUAAGACGACGGGACUGCCUUUCGAUCGCGAAAGUCAAGAUCUUUAUACAAUCAUAAUAGAAGCGCGCUCUUUAUUUUUGUAUGAAAAAUUCAAACAAAUGCGACGUGCCAUAGUUCGCGUUGAUAUUUCGAUACUCGAUGUGAAUGAUAAUUGUCCGAUAUUCGUAAAUUUGCCUUAUUAUGCCACCUUAUCGGUGGAUGAUGCCAAAGGUACUGUGAUAACUAAGGUUAAGGCUGUGGAUUUGGAUAGUUAUGAGAAUGGUGAGGUGCGUUAUGAAAUGAAGAAAGGAAAUGGUGAACUCUUCAAAGUUGAUCGCAAAACGGGUGAAUUGGUGCUGAAACAAGUUAUCGAUGGUAGUACUAGAGUUUAUGAUCUAAUUAUCGCUGCUUAUGAUGGUGCAAUAUCACCGUGUUCAACAGAUGCUGUGGUUAAUAUUAAGGUUGUUGAUCGUUCAAUGCCCACAUUCGAUAAGCAAUUCUACUCGGAUGUCGUUAAGGAGAAUGUCGAACUGUUUUCAGCGCUAUCCAUUGCAAUACAGGCUGAGAGCCCGCUCAGACGUAAGCUUAUUUACACAAUAUCCAGUGGCAAUGAGGACGAAGUAUUUGAAAUCGAUUACAGAACAGGCGUCAUUUACAUCGUCAACGAAUUGGAUUAUGAGACCAAGCAAAGUCACGAAUUUACGGUACGCGCGACAGAUUCACUAUCUGGCAUUUAUGCCGAAGUUACGGUGUCAAUAAUUGUUGAAGAUGCAAACGAUUGUUAUCCGGCGAUUGAACAAGACAAUUAUAAUAUUACCAUAUCGGAGAAUCUAUUGAUCGGUUCGCAAAUUAUGAAAGUGAAUGCGUCCGAUUGUGAUGCCAAUGCAAAUAGUGAAUUGUCCUACUUCAUUGAUAGUGUUGAUGGCAAAAAUAGUUCGGCUUUAUUUUACAUAGACAUUGCAGAGGGUUAUCUCUAUUUGAAGAGUAACUUGGAUGCCGAAGAAAGCACUUUCCAUCACAUCAUUCUUAUCGUCAAAGAUCAUGGCACACCGUCGUUGAGCUCAAGAGCCAAUGUAUGGUUAACUGUAAAGGAUCUCAAUGAUAAUUUCCCAAAAUUUACAGAAGCUUCCUUUUCAUGCCGUUUAUCGGUGAAUGCACAACGCGGGCAAUUCGUUAUCAACGCCAAGGCCUACGAUCCCGAUCAUGAAGAUAAUGAGAAACUGAAAUAUCGUAUUAUCGAUGGCAAUGAACUGCAGACGUAUACAAUUAAUGAAAAUAACGGUGUCAUUACAUUGCAAAAUAUGCAAAAUUUCACAGAUCACCAUCAAACAUUGUUGAAUGUUUCCGUUAGUGAUGGUGUACACACCACCUAUGCCAGAGUUAAGAUUACCUUGAUGCCGGAAAAUAAUUAUGCACCGAAAUUUCUCAAAUCUGUUUAUGAGGCGAGUGUUAAGGAAAAUGAAGCCGCUGGGAAAACGAUUGUUAUGCUUCAGGCUUAUGACGCUGAUUUCGGCCGAUUUGCAAAGCUCACUUAUGAUGUAGUUUCGGAAGAUUUUAAAGAACUUUUCGAGAUCGAUAAUACCAACGGUACUUUGACAACGAAAGUAGCAUUUGAUCGCGAACAACGUGCUUUCUAUGAUGUGCUGGUGAGAGUGUCUGAUGAAGGUGGUAAGGCCGAUUUCGCUUUAGUGAAAAUUAAAGUCGAGGAUGUAAACGAUAACAGUCCACGUUUCAUGGUUAAAGAAUAUAAGCUUGUGGUGAAAGUUAACACCACAAUGAAUUCACCACUUUUGAAGGUAAAAGCAUUCGAUCUGGAUGGGAACAAGAAUGCGCGCAUAACUUAUGCGAUUGAUGAAUCAACGGUCUCUGAAACAUACAAAGAUAUUUUCGCAAUCAACGAAAACGAUGGCAGUUUGAGUCUUCAGAAGUCGGUGACAAAUUUCGCCAACAAUGUUGCGCAGUUUUUCGUACGUGCCAUGGAUGGCGGAAGUCCGCAAUUUCACAACGAUGUACCCGUGACAGUACAGUUCAUCAAUGCCGAAGAUACAGUGCCAGAGUUUGAGAAACAAUCCUUUGAUCUACAUGUACUAGAAUCAACACCACCCGGUUCAGUGCUGACAAAGUUACGCAUUUCCGGAAAUUAUUCAGUGAAAUUCUCAAUACCGAUUGAAAGUCGUAAAUUUUCCAUAUCCGAAAAUGGUGAAGUGAUACUCAUGCAAACGCUCGAUCGCGAAGUAUACGAUAUACACUAUACGAUUGUUUUGGCGGAAACGGAAACCUUACCGCCGUUAUUUGCAUUUUGCGAGGUUAACAUACACGUGCUGGACGAAAAUGAUAACUCGCCUAAAUUCGAUAGUCGCGAAUAUAAUGUGAAUGUUGGUGAAAAUAUUGAUAAAGUCGCAUCGAUCAUUAAAGUAACUGCCACGGAUAUGGAUAUGGGCUCGAAUGGUGAUAUACGCUAUUAUUUGGAAGACGAAACGAAUACGGCAGCGAACGUCUUCGACAUUGACAUUUACACGGGUUGGAUAACAUUGUUGAGCACUUUGGAUCGUGAAACACAAUCAGAAUAUCACUUCAAUGUGCUGGCUACCGAUAAUGGGCAACCGAAACAUGUUUCCAAAGCGCCGGUGGCUAUUAAGAUCAUCGACUACAAUGACAAUCCAUCCCUAUUCAAUCAGGAUAAAUUCGAUAUAACGGUACAUGAGAAUGCACUACCCGGCACCAUAUUGAAAUAUUUCCUCAUAACCGAUCUUGACGCGGAGAAGAGCAUAACAAGCUAUUACAUAAUGUCGGGCGAUACAUAUGCACAAUUCCAAAUUGGCAAAACUGGCGAACUCUUUGUAGCAAAACCUUUAGACAGAGAGGCAAUACCAACAUACAACCUGUAUGUACUGGUUACCGAUGGCAAAUUCGUCGCGACCACUGAGGUGACCAUCACCGUGCAAGAUGUCAAUGAUAAUGUGCCAAUUUGUAUGACGCCACGUUACAACUUAAAGAUUGACGAGUCGGUGAUGACCGAUACGCCACUAGUACAGAUCGAUGCUUUGGAUAACGAUGAAAAUGGCAACACUCAAUUGCGUUACUAUCUCACAGGCAAUCGUUCCGACGACUUUUUCAUUGAUAAAGAAACGGGUACACUACGUGUGGCCAAAUCAAUUGACAGAGAAACCCUUGCCAAAUAUAUUUUAACCGCACAUGUGCAAGAUGGUCAGGAACUGCUGCAGGAGUGCACCACCGAAUUAAUAAUCAAUGUGAACGAUCUCAACGACAACAGACCAGAGUUUUCAAUGGCGCAAUAUAUUGUGAGCAUAUCAGAGGAUGCGCCUGUCGGCACAAUUGUGACCAAAGUGCAUGCAACUGAUAAGGAUUUCGGUUUGAAUCGCAAAAUUGUUUACUCUUUUAUCGAAGAACAACCGAAUUUUAGCAUAUCGCGUUCGAGCGGUAUUAUAAAGCUGUCGAAGAGUUUAGAUCGUGAGAGCAUAUCGAUAUUCAAUAUUUCAGUUAAAGCGGUCGAUUGUGGCAAUCCAAAGCAGUUAUCGAUUACCCGCUUAAUAAUAAACGUACUCGAUAUCAACGAUAAUCCGCCGGAAUUCAGCACGAAGGAGUACAAAACGUACGUGUACGAAAAUGCCACCGUCAAUACGGAAGUUGUACGCAUUUUUGCCACAUCUAAAGAUAUUGGCGUCAAUGCCGAAGUGCUGUAUUUUAUUGUGGGUGGCAAUGAGCAUAGUAAGUUCAACAUCGAUUCGAAGACGGGCAGUAUAUUCGUGAACGACGAUUUGGAUUAUGAACGCACAAAGGCAUAUUUUCUCACAGUGCAAGCGAUCGAUGGCGGUACGCCACCACUGAGCAAUAUAGCGUCGGUUAACAUCUCCGUAUUGGAUGUAAAUGACAAUGCGCCAAAAUUCACACAGAACAUGUAUCGCGCCAAGGUGCGUGAGGAUGCGUCAAAAAUGCAUAAAAUACUACAAGUGCUGGCCACCGACGCGGAUGCGGGUCAAAAUGGCAUUAUACGUUAUAGUAUCGAACGUGGCGAUCACCUAAAUCAAUUCGCUAUCGAAGACUUCUCCGGUCAGAUUAUUGUUAUAAACUCGUUGGAUCGUGAGUUGAACGCAAACUAUUUGCUGGAGAUUAAAGCUUGCGACAAUGGCGUGCCGGAACAGUGCAAUUAUGUGCGCAUUUACGUGGACAUCUUGGAUGUAAACGACAAUCCGCCACUAUUCCGUUCCCAGAACUACAGUGUAGUGCUGCAGGAGAACAAACAGCUCGGCUAUAAUGUGUUGCUCUUUGAGAUCAGCGACGCUGAUGAGGCGCCCAACACCGCGCCUUACACCUUCGAUUUGCGCACCGGUAAUGAGGGUGGCUUCUUUCGCAUCGAACAAGAUGGCUGGCUGCGCACAGCGGCACGUUUCAAUCACAAAAUUUGCGAUAUAUACACGUUGCAGGUGCGUGUCUUCGAUAACGGCACACCGCCACUCUAUUCCGAUGCCUGGGUACACAUACGCAUCAUAGAGGAGAGUCAAUAUCCACCAGUUAUAACACCACUGGAGGUGACAGUGAAGUCUUACGAUGACGAUUAUAUCGGCGGCUUUCUGGGGCGUGUGCAUGCGAGCGAUCAGGAUAAGUAUGAUAAUUUGCAGUAUUCACUUACGCCGACAAGCGGAGAGCUGUUCGUGACCAAGCAGCUUUUUAAUAUAUCACAGAAUAACGGUUCACUGUAUGCCAUCAGCAAUCUGGAUAUUGGCAUGUACCGCAUUAACGUGACGGUAACCGAUGGCAAGUUUACAGCACAUGCACUGGCCAAGCUGAAUGUUGAGCUCAUAACGGGCGACAUGACGCGUAAUGCUGUUGUUAUCAGCUUUCGCAAGGUCACGCCCGAAGCAUUCAUACUUAGCCACCGUAAAGGUUUCAUACGCGCUCUACGCGCUAUUCUACGCUGUCGGCAGAAAGACAUUACCAUAAUCGCUAUACAAGCGGCUGGCGCACAUGCGACGCACAAGGCACUCGAACACACAGACGCUGACAAUGUUAUGCUGGAGCGUAGUAAACGUCAUCAGCCCACAGCUGCAGAUAAUUUGAAUGUCUUAUUUGCUGUGCGCAAACAACAGAUAACACCCACUUCGGAGGAGUAUUUCACCACGGCCGAAGUGCGUGCGGUGCUAGUGAAUUUCAUCGAUGACAUUGAAGAUGCCACCAAUCUGGUUGUGGAGGAGAUAAUGGCGCCCACUUGCGCGCAUAAUAUUUGUGUGCAAGGCGAAUGUUUCAAUCGCAUACGUCUCAACAAACGGCAGCUCAACACCUACUCAACCGAUGUUGCUAGCUUCGCCUCGCCCACAUACAAGCACGCCAACGAAUGCCAAUGCAAACAAGGUUAUGGCGGUCGCAUUUGUAACGAACCAAUUAAUGCGUGCUCGUCCAAUCCGUGCCCGCCCGAGAAGACCUGUUGGCCGGCCAACACCACCAUUGGUUAUCAGUGCAUUUGUCCGCAGGGUUAUACGGGGCAUUCGUGUGACAGCAAAUCGGCGCUGACGAAGUGUCAACACGGCAAUUGCAGUGCACGCUUUACUUCCGUUUCGUUUAGCGGCAAGAGUUAUGCGCACUAUAAAAUCAAUAAGGCUGUGGCGAAGACAAUACUCGAGCAGGAGUUUAUCUACUCGCUGAAGUUGCGUACCGUACAGCAAACGGGCACUUUACUCUUCUCUAGCGGCCGCAUCGAUUAUCACAUAUUGGAAAUUUUCAAUGGCGCUGUACAAUACCGUUACGAACUCGGUUCGGGUGAGGGUAAAAUAUGUGUCUCAAGUAUUUACAUAUCCGACGGCGAGUGGCAUACGAUUACGUUGGAGCGUGUUUUGAAUAGCGCCAAGUUGACGGUGGACAGCAAGCAUGUGUCGCAAGGUAGCGCGCCGGGUGUUAACGGCAUACUGAAUAUACAAUCAAAUGAUAUAUUCGUGGGCGCAGAAGUGAAACCGCAUCCAGCUAUUAUCGGCUUCGAGGAUAUACAGAAGGGUUUCAUCGGUUGCAUGUCAGACAUAAAAAUCGCGCUUGAACCCCUGCCGCUCUACAUCUCCGGUGGCAGCUCUGUGGCGGCGCUGAAACGUUUUACAAACGUCGAGUUUACCUGUGACCCCACCAGCGUGCUCGUACAGCUUGGCAUUUGCGGCGCACAGCCUUGCCUCAAUGGCGGUAUUUGUAUUGAUUUGGGUGAAAAUAAAUUCAAGUGCACUUGUCACGCACGUUUCACAGGUCAAAUGUGUGAGGUCGAUAUGGAUCCAUGCGCAUCGGCGCCUUGUCUCUUUGGCGGUCGUUGCGAGGUGCAUGAGUUUGGCAAUUACAGCUGUGCGUGUCCAUUACAUUUAUCUGGUCGCCGUUGUGAGUAUGGCAAAUAUUGUACACCCAAUCCAUGCAAAAAUGGUGGCGUUUGCGAAGAAGGUGAUGGCACGCCGCAUUGUUUGUGUCGCGGCUACACAGGACCGACUUGUGAAAUCGAUGUGAACGAAUGUGAUAAUCAUCCGUGCGGUAAUGGCGCAACGUGCAUCAAUGAGGCUGGCAGCUUUCGUUGCAUAUGUCCAUCCUAUCUUACGGGCGCCAGUUGUGGUGAUCCUUUGUAUUCCAAUUCCAUUUCUACAAAGUUAAAGAAUCUCUCAAUGGAACAAUUGGCUGGCAUUGUUGGUGGCAUCGUGAUCAUUAUCCUAAUUAUACUUGUUGCCUUCUGCUGUAUUGUCUUUCGUAAGAGUAACAGCGCAAGUGUCCCAAGCUCAACCCAUAAAGAUCCAUAUAAGGGUGAAAAUUUGAACUCCCUCGUCUGUAAGGAGAAAUAUGCCAAGAACAUUGCCAAGAUGAGUAAUUUGGAGAUAAAUCAGCGUCCGAUGAGUUAUACGGCAACGACAAAUGAUAACUUAUAUGCCGGACAUACAACAUUCGUGAAUAACUUGGACAUUCUGCGUAGUUACGGUUCGGCGGGUGAUGAGCUCGAAAACAUUCCGUUCGAAUAUCAGAAGAUCAAUCGAAAUAAUGAGCAUGUCAAUCUGAAUGAUUCGGAUCCGAUACAGAAGCGUGACUGGACCGAGCAAAUGCAUUUGAAGACCUUCAGUGAGAAUAAGCUAAAUAACGAAAAACUCGAUUAUGCCGCAUUAAAGUCCGGUUGUAGUAAAAUGAUACAAGUAACGGUGCCAAAUGUAUGCCACUCACCUUACACCGAUUAUCCAACGGUUAAUCAUGGACAAUAUCAUUGGGAUUGUUCGGAUUGGGUGCGUAAAAGCCAUAAUCCAUUACCGGAUAUAACUGAGGUACCUGGUGCUGAAAUUGCCGACUCAUCGAGCUUCCAUAGUAAUGAUAGUAAUGAAUCUAAGCCAAGACGUACCUAUGCAGUGCAAAAUAUGUGCGUUGGUGUUGAUCCUACACGAGAUAUUGUGACUUUAAAUGAAGACUUAACAUCCGAAUGCAUCGACUCGGAAUUGGAGAGUUGUAUGCGUCCCUUCGAACUGCCACUUAUUAAUCAUAAUGAUGUUUUAAGACUGAGCCCCCAAAUUAACUUUGAGAAUGAAGACUUCAUUACAAAUCCAGUGCCUUCAACAUACGAUCCUAUGAACUCAUGUAACGCAUACUUACGGCAUCCAGAUUCAUAUUUACCUGCAUUCAAUGUACCCAGUGAAACUGAAGGUGAGAGUUCUAGUACUGAAGUGUUUUCAAAAGCCACCAGCGAAAUGCUGCCCAGAAGAAAAUUAAGUGACAAAUCGGAAGAAAUUUAUGUGUUCAGAAAUCUUCACUCAAAAAAUGGAUCAAAUAGCGACCUCUCGGUUCACUUGUGUGAAAUUGAAGAUUCCGAAUUAGAGGAAUUUUUACCCAGCUCAUCAAAAGACGUUAAUAAUAGAUAGAAAAAGAUUACGUGGGAUCGUUCGAUCAUAAAAGGCAUUUAAUUGUAUAAAAAGAAAUAUUUUUAUAAGAUCUUCAUACUUAAAAAAAAAAAUGAAAAAAAUGUAAAAUAUAAAUAAGUAACGGUUAAAAGUUGUUAAUGUUGUUUCGAUUUCUUUCGAUGAACUUUCAAAGGUUAGUUAUGGCAUUAUGCGGAAACCAGUUAUUUUCUUAGUACACUGAAUAGCUCAUAAGACGGACAUCCAAGUCUAACUUUAUGAUAACGAAACGUUCAUUAUUUGACCCGAAAAAUUACUUUCUCUUAAUUGGCAUGCAAGUAGCCACCGCUUACACUAUUAUGACCGGAUCAACAAUAGCGCGCCAUUUGCUUAUUCUGAUCAGGGACUGGCAUCAAUAAUAGAUCUCUUUCCCC